CGCAAUCGCGAAUAACGCUCGCCGUUGUCGCCGCGCUGACCAUUGGGCAGUAAGUAGUAGUCGGAUGCAUUUAUAAACACGAAACGCGGCGCAUCGCUGCGAGGAAGAGCAAAGUUUUGCCGUCGGCGACACGCGCGCCGACACACACACACAAGUUAUCCACAAAAGCGCUUGCACGGGACGCGCAUUCACAAGUUUACUAUUAGUUUAAUGUUUACAGCGGCGCGCUGUAGAGCAGCGCACAUCUCUGGCUCGGAAAACAAGAAAUUAUCUCUUCGACAAAGAUGCGCACGACUAGUCUUUGGCAACUCUUGCUCUGUGUGGGGCUCAUUCACGCCUACACAUCGCGAAGUUUCACCAACCAACAAAAUACGCAAACGUUAUUGAAUUCCAUCGAUGAGCGUUUGCGAAACUUGGAUAAAUCUUCAACGUAUCGGCAUGCAAGCGCCGUGGAUCAACACAUGCGCAAAUUGGAAGCCAUCGAGGGAAGAAUCGAGCGGUUUGAGGCGAUAUUAUCCGCUAGAUUUGAAAAAAUCGAAGCCAACAUGUCCGUGCAGUACUUUAAGGACGAUCUGGCGCAGGAUAUUUUAUUGCGGAAGAUUGACGCUGUCUAUGAACGCGUGCACAACAAAAUGUUCCACAUCGAGAUGAAAAUCGACGCGGCAGAACGGAAAAUCACGGAAAAACUCGACGCCAUUGGGAAAAAGUUCGAGCACUUGGAGGAAAACUCCAAUCGGCGCGGGGAGGUCGAAGAGGAGGUCGCCGAAGUGUUUGACGUGCUCGACGAGAUGAAAAGCACGCUCGCCAACGUCACGCAAGUUAUGCACGUAAAGUUUACACAAGAGUCGAAACUUCCCCCCAAAGAUCUAUUAGGAAGCUUGAAUAACCUGGAAUCGAUUGUGAAUGCGACGCGUUACGAACAGCAGAAUACGAUGCGAAAUUUAGUUGUGAUGGUCGGACGUUUAGGCGGCAAGACACAGCUAGCAAGCACGGGCGCUGAUGGCGAGCUGCAACUCAGCCAACAAUUGACAAACGUCAGCCGCAAAAUAGACGCGCACUUUGACGCGCUGAUGGAGCAACAGACCGUCUUCGCCGACAGCUGCCAUCGCAUCCAGAGCGACGAGCCGCAGCUGGAGGCCAAGAUCAGCGAGAUCCUCGAGAAGAUAAUCGACGUGUUCCAAAAGGAGUCAGCAGUCGAAAUAAAAGACAUUCAGAAUAUAGAGCAGCUAAUCAAGAGUCACGACACGAGCGUCCGACGCAGCCUCUUCACGACGUCACACAACAUGGCCGUUCUGCUGCAGAAAUCCAAGGAGCACAAGGAUAAUCUUACCAUGCAGAUUACAAACGCCGAGGGGAACAUCAUCAAAAUGAUAAAGGAUCUGCGCAGUGACCUCCUGAUGGCAAACGAAAGUCAAGUGCAAGUUCAGCUGCUGGACGAUCUACGCGCGCUCGUCAGCGAAUUUUCGCGCAGUCAGCCGAUCGAUAAAAAUAAUAUUAAGAUAAUCGGCGAGCAGCUACGUAACAUAAGUGGGAAGAUUGAUGACGCGAUGGCUGUACAACUCAACGCGCGGCUUGAUAAGGAUCUGGAUGCAGCUAUAUUACAAGUUUUCGGUAAUAAUAACAGUAGCAAUACUAACAUCAGCACCAAUACCAACACUCAAACCAAUUCAAGUGUAGAUAGUGCUGAUGAUGGUGGUAAUCCGAUAAUAUUUGAGGAAAUUAAAAGCGUUAAUUGCACGUCCGGGUUGUUGGACGUGCGCACGAAUGUCAACUGCACAAUUUGUCCAGAGAUUUCACCUGGUUCGGAUUCUAUUCAAACCCUGCAAAAACAACUGGAAAAUUGUACGAAUGACGUGAUAACUCCAGCAGUGCCUGUGUCUGAUGACGUGAAUGAACAAUUUGUCAUUGAUUUGCGCGUGGAUAACGCGCAUAACUCGACGGGUAAUCAAACUACACUUACGUAAAAUGUAAAAAGAUGAAAAUUAGCACGUGAAGGAUAAUUUUCCUGCGUGUUUGGGUAUAUUUAAAGUGAAAAACACGCGAAAUGGUUGUGUUUGUGUCUGGUUUUAGGGUCAAAACCAUUCAAGCACAACCUAAUUCUAAUUAUGCACGAUCACGACGCGCGCUUUGAUUGAUCGCGUUUAAUUUUUAAUUGUAUACGAUUGUAGGCAGCUAGUUGUAGGCAUCAUGCAGAGUAAUUAUUAUAUUGAGGUCCCGUUGCAUGACGAUUGUAAAUAACAGAGUUGAAUGAAUAAUUAGUAAUGAAUGGAAAAGUAUUAUUAUUAGCAGGCUACGAAUUGAUUAAGAUGUCGGUUCGCAUUGUAAGAUUAUUAAUUAUUAAUAUAUUAUUAUUGAUAAAGGCAUAAAUAAUAUUUAUGUGUA